AUGGUGAGCAAAGAGGCUGGCAAAUGCAUGCUCACCAACUCUGAGUCUGACUCGGAGGCAGCUCCCUCCAUGGCCUUGGAGGUCAAGGGCUCAGCAGAUCCCAGCCGGCAGGUCCGCAAGCGCAACAAAGCCCUUCAGGUACGCUUCAAGGACAUCUGCGAGGCCCAGAACGAGCAGGCGGCAGCAGCAAAAGGAGGAAAGCCCAUCUCCUAUAAAGUGGCUUACCGAAAAUACAUGACUGUCCCAGCACGCCGCUCCAUCCCCAAUGUCACCAAAAGCACCGGCGUACAGACUUCGCCCGACCUACGGAAACGUUACCAAACCUUUCCUUUUGAGCGUAAAAAAGGCCACACUAUUAAACAUGUGGCAGCUGUGGAGACCUACAAGGACCAGGACAAUGGAUUUGUUAUUGAUGUGAAGAGGGCCAAAGGGCCUGAGAGUACCAGAGAAACUGGGGCAAUCAGAAAGACCAGGGCUCUGCUGCACAAUGAGUGUAUAGCCACAGUGGAACAGCAUCCACAGGCAGGCAGAGACUGUACGGACAGACCAGAUGGGAUCUGCUCCGACUCUGUGCUCUUAACAUGCCCUGCAGAUGAGGCUGAGACCAUCACGGAUGAUUCAGAAUACCAGAUUUGUAGUGUACGGAGCAAAAACCGCAAGGGUACAUCUGACCGAUCGGUCAAGCGGCAACUGCUUAACUCUGAGGAUAGCCAAGGUGGUGUGCAGUCGGACUCAGAGUCCAAAGUAACGGGUCCCAUUGCCUGGAACUCUCUGACACAGGUAGAAUGCCUGGAGAGUCCGUCUGUGCGCAGCAAGCGCAAGAAAGCGCUGCAACUGAACGGACUGCAAACGCAGACCCAGGUACGGGCUGGGUGCACAACACAGGCACAGUGCCAUGCUAGCACAAUCUCGGCACGCCCACUAAGCACGAUGGAAGAGACGGCAACUGCCGCAACAACUACAGUGUGCGCACCCGCAGCUGGAUCUGCACCUGCGGACAGUGAGGUUUGUAAGCAGAUAGUGCCAGUCGCUCAGGAAGGGGAUAUAAAAGCACAGCUACAGGCAAUGGAGAAUAUGAUCAGCUCUAGCCAGGAAACCAUCAAAGUGCUACUGGGCGUCAUUCAGGAACUGGAGAAGGGCGAGGCACACAGAGAGGGCCUCUCCUAUCGGACCGGACAGGACACGGCCAACUGUGACACGUGUCGGAACAGCGCCUGCAUUAUCUACAGUGUGGAGCUUGAUUUUAAACAGCAGGAGGAUAAGCUUCAGCCCUUGAUGAGGAGACUCUGUCCUACCGAGGAGACGCACUUCCCCUCUCUGCCUUACCCUCAGGAGGCCUUCACCUCCACGCCCAAACGCAAGGCCAAAGCUGAAGCCAAGAAACACGCUCGCUGGCGCCUGUGGUUCCUCUGA